GGCAAGUCUUAUCCAGUUCAGCGGCCACCAGCACCUCCGACUUCGCUUGGUUCUGUCAAUUAUAAGCGGGAAGGCGGUUAGAAUUGAUAAAAUCCGGUCGGAGGACAAUAAUCCGGGUCUGAGAGACUACGAAGUCAGCCUCCUUCGCUUGCUCGAGAAAAUCACAAAUGGAACGGUCAUUGAGAUCUCUGUUACUGGUACCGCCAUCCUCGUCAAACCGGGCGUUCUGUCAGGGGGUCCCCUAACACACGAAUGUCCUCUCUCAAAGUCUGUGGGAUACUUCCUGGAGCCUAUUCUCAUGUUGGCGCCGUUUGCGAAGAAGCCCCUCCAAUUGACGCUACGGGGAAUCACAACCGACGACCAAGAUCUCUCCGCUGACCUAAUACGGACGGUUACCCUACCGCACCUGCAGCUGUUCGGUAUCUCUGAUGGACUAGAGCUUCGUAUAAAAAAGCGUGGUGCCGCACCCGGAGGCGGAGGAGAGGUUCAAUUCUUGUGUCCUGUCGUCAAACAGGUGAAGACCCUCAAUUUCGUGGACCCAGGGAAGAUCAAACGAAUCCGGGGCAUAGCACACGCCGUUCGCGUCAGCCCUCAGUUCUCAAAUCGGAUGAUCGAGUCCUCUCGGUCCAUCCUCAACCGUUAUAUUCCCGACAUCUAUUUAUAUUCGGAUGUCUAUAAAGGAGAGGAGAGUGGGAAAUCACCUGGAUAUGCCCUCAGUCUGCUCUCCGAAUCGACAACAGGUGCCCUGCACUGCUCCGAAGCCAUUUCUGAAGCGGGUGUAGCCCCAGAGGACAUCGCAUUGCGCGCGACGCGCGCACUUCUCACCGAAAUAAACAGGGGUGGAUGCGUUGACCGACAGCAUCAGCCUCUGGUACUUCUCAUGAUGGUGCUUGGCAGUGAGGAUGUCGGCCGUUGCAGAAUGAGCGAACCGACACCUAGAACAAUCCAAUUCCUCAGAGAUAUCAGGAGCUUCUUCGGAACCUCCUUCAAAAUUGUGACUGCCGAUCCAUUAGACAAGGAAUGUCCGCAUCUGCUGUAUUCAUGUUAUGGGACCGGCUACGUGAAUGCCAAUCGGACAGUAGCGUGA